AUGGUGAUAGGUGAUUUUGAUCAUGAUUUCCAAGAAUUUGAACAGUUUGUAAAACUAAUACCUAAUCUUAAAUGUCUCUCAAUAUCUGGCGGUGUUGGUCAAAAUAUUCUUGAUGCUCAUCGAUGGGAACGUUUGAUCACUUCAUCAUUACCUCGACUGGAAACAUUUCAUUUUAGAUUCAGUUGUGAUAGUAUGGAUGCGGACGAUAACAUCCUGGAGAUAUUUCAACAAUUUCAAAGUGAUUUUUGGCAUAGAGCUCAUAAUUGGUACACCGAAUGUCUAUUAACCAGUGACAACAGAUGGAUUUGUACGAUACCAUGUCCAUUAUAUCGAUGUAAAUUAGCGGUUUACACAAAUUCAAGUCAUUAUGUUGUUAUGCCAGCGGAUUCGAGCGACACUCAAGAUUUCACAUUAAAAGAAAAAAGAAUUCCUAAACCAAAGGAAUGCCAUUUUUACAGAAUUACUUCAUUAACAUUUGGGGGAUUAGAAAUCUCGGAGAAAUGUAUUUUAGAGACUAAAGACAUCAAAUCUUUGAAACGUAGUAUGACUUUAUCUGGUGUGUCUUAUUUAAACAUUUCAUCCGACUGUAAGAUAGCGAAACCAUCGGUUUUAUUAAGCAUCUUAAAAGAAACGCCUAAGGUAUCAUCGAUGUAUAUCGACCAAACUGUAUUAUUGCCAUUGCUAGUGGACGAUGAAUUGUGUACAUAUUUAAUUAAAAUGAUCAAAAGAUUGGAUUUAUAUAUGAAUUGGAGUAUUCCAACACAAAUGUUUAUUACUCAGGCUGAGUUAUCAAGGGUCUGCAAGGCAUUUUCCAAUGUUGAAGUUCUUCAAUGCAGUAUAAGUCAAAAAUCUGCAUUCAAAUAUCUAAUGGAAAAUUUACCGAAACUAUUUCAUCUGACGAUUUCAAUGAAAACAUCAGAAGAUCGCCGAAUUGUUUCAGAUUGGUUUGAUAAAGAACUAGCAAAAAGAAAUGCAAACUAUAAUAUUAAAUAUGAUCAAGGAAAACGAACUUGUGUAGUGACGGUGAAUGUUUGGAUAUGA